UGGUCACCAUAGCAACAGGAAGCCAUACAAGAGCGAUCCGUUGCGCUCAGAACUUUCUUGCUUUUUUGCGCUGCAACAUUUUUUUUUCUUUUUCUUUUCUUUUACGUUUUAAGUUUUUAUUUUCCCAUCAGCCUCUUUCAGGCCCAACAUGCCGGUGUGCGUGGAGAACUACACCUGGACCCAAACAGAGUCCACGGUCAGGGUGCACGUGCCGUGUAAAAGCCGGAAGGUGCACAUCGUGUCAACGGACGAGUAUCUGAAGGCUCAUUUCCCUCCCUUUCUGUUCGAGGCCUUCCUGUUUGAAGCAGUUGAUGACAGCAAAAGCAAGGCAGAGAUUGGAAACGGAGCCGUCGUUUUCACUCUGCAGAAGAGAACCUCCAGAAUGUGGGAGCAUCUGAUGGUCCAAACCAAAGGCACAGAAGAAAUGAGGAAACUCAGAGAGAGAGCCUUGCAAGAAUUCCAGCAGAAGGUUUGUGAAGAGAGCAGACAGAAGGCAGAAAAACGGCGGGAAUACAAGGAGUUCGCUCUUCAGACAAUGAUGGGGCUCGAAUGGACGGAAAGAGACACCAUCCAGAAGAAUAAGGACGCAGAGCGAGAGAAAACCACCGCUGAGCUGGAGGCGUGGCAGCAGAGGCAGAAGGCUCUAGAAAAAGAGGAAAUCCUAAAUGGGCUCCAAAGGAGACCAGAGGUUCCACGAAAAAAACUUCCUUGUCCCCUUGGACGCAAGCCCGUCGUUAACCCCAACACUGAGGAGACGAAAGUAAUCAAGGAGCUGCCUCAGAGACCCCCAGGCAACAUUCGCUUCACUUUCACUCCUCGAGCUUUCCCAACGGCGCUGAGAGAGUCCCAAAUGGCCGAGGAAGAGGAGUAUCUCAGGCAGCAGGCCGAGGCCAGAGGAGCGGCGGAUGCAGACAUUCAAGAGCUGACGGACCUGACGGCGGAGGAGAGGAACCCCGACUGGCUGAAGGACAAAGGAGACAAGUGCUUUAAAGUGGGGGACUACAUGGGGGCGCUGAACGCCUACAGUCUAGCCAUCAAGAUCAACAAGAAGAUCCCAGCUCUGUUUUCAAACAGGGCAGCGUGUCACCUGAAGCUAAACCAUCUCCCCAAGGCCGUGAAGGACGCCUCUCAGGCGCUUGUGCUGCUGACUCUUACAGACGCUGAAAACACCACCGCCAGACUCCGACCCACGGUUCGGAGAGGAACCGCCUUCUGCCUGCUGCAGCGCUAUGAACGAGGGUUACAGGACUAUGAGGCUGCCCUGGAGAUUGACCCCCACAACCAGGCCCUGCAGGCAGAUACGCAGAGCAUCAGAGACAUCAUCCAGAACUCUUCUUCCAAACAGUUGCAGUGACUGAUCCUGUAAAGCUGUAAAAGUUACUGAGUUGUUGAAUCGUUUGUGGUCGUCAUUUAAGUAAAAACAUUG